AAAAAUGCGGAAGUUAGCAGAGCAUUGACUGCCUCACGUGGGCAAGUGCGAGGUUCAAGUGUUGUUCUUGUAGUUGUUGAAGCAGCUACAACAUCAAAAUGUUGAAAAACUUGGUGAGGGAGCGACUAAUUGCGGCCGCCGACGAAAUUUUCGAACUGUUUGAAAAAACGAUAGCGUCGUACGAGGAGCAAGUUUGUCGCGCGAGAGAGGAGACCGAGCGACGACGACAAUUGGAAGCUUUUUGCGACACACAAAUUGUCAUACGUGUCCAAGACGUCCAGCAGCCGAUUUGUCGUCCGGAAGAACUCCCUCAUCAGUCGCAGCGCUCCAGUCUGGAGCGAGAGGAUCCACAGCACCUCCAUGUUAAAGAGGAAGAGGAGGAGGCUGACGUCGGCAAAUUGCCACUAACUCGUGUCUCUUUGAAGAGUGAAGACGAACCACCCGAGUGGUCGCAGCUUCAUCAUCAGAGUCCAAGUGGAGACCACUGUGGAGGACCACCACCGGACAACCUCUUAGCUCCACUGUCAGACAGCGACGACAUGGAAGAACCUUUGAGGAGCGACGAAAACUGUGAAAAGGGAAAUAUUAUUAAACACAUAGGACCACACUCAGGAGAAAAACCAUUUAGUUGCACAACAUGUGGUACAGCAUUCCGCAGAAAGCAACAUCUGGAAAUACACUUGAGAAAACACACAGGAAAAAAACUUUUUCGUUGCUUAGUUUGUGGUAAAGAAAUAAUUAACAAGUCAGCUAUGGUGAGACACAUGAGAAUUCACACAGGAGAAAAACCCUUUAGUUGCUCAGUUUGCAGUAAACCAUUCAUUGAAAAGGGAAAUAUGAUGAAACACAUGAGGGUGCACACAGGUGAAAAACCCUUUACUUGCCCAACAUGUUGUAAAACAUUCUCUCGAAAGCAACAUCUGGAAAUACAUGAGGAUACACACAGGAGAAAUACCCUUUAGUUGCUCAGUUUGCAGUAAAGCAUUCAAUCCAAAAAAAAAACGAGAGGACACACGGGAGAACAAUAACCCUAAUGACAUUACAAAAUGUGCGGAGGCUGCGAAGCACCUGUGGAGCAAUGGAGGGGACGUUUCUGCAAAGCGUGGUGCCAACACUGCAAUGUGCCGCCGCCUGUUAUGUUCAGCGAUUCAACUUGGCUUUUUAUUUGAACUCGUUUCACAGUAACCCGGUACUACAAAGGAGAUGAGAAGUAAACUUCGGCCGAAACGAUUUCACCAUUGUGUGACAACAUUGAUCCUGCCAGUAAUAUAUGCUUGUCAUUAUUAUUAUUCCAUUAUUGGUUGUGCUUGAUGUUUUCAUAAACACAAUUUUGUUACAUUUGCACCACAUAAUGACAAAUAAAGUCUUCUGAUUCUA